GUUGUGUCCAUGUGUAGGCGAAUCACGUGUAGAGAAUCCGUUGGUCGUCAUGUCCCUGCUGUAGGAUUCGUUUCGUUCUUAGUUUCAUUUUGGUUGCUAGCUAUCGCCUGUGUUAAUUUUAAACUAUUUACAUUUUCUCAUACAUUUCACCGAAGAAUGAGCGACAACGAAGAUAUCGAUGUCGACAGUGACGCAGACAAACGAGCACAUCACAAUGCGCUGGAGCGCAAACGUAGGGACCACAUUAAAGACAGCUUCAGCAGUUUACGGGACUCUGUGCCUGCGUUACAAGGGGAGAAGCAAUCUGUCAAACAGGCCUCCCGAGCUCAGAUCCUAGACAAAGCCACAGACUACAUCCAGUACAUGAGACGAAAAAACCACACACACCAGCAGGACAUUGACGACCUGAAGAAGCAGAAUGCACUGCUGGAGCAGCAGGGUGAGUGUGGGCUCAAGGCCCAGGGACAACUGCAGGAGGUCCGUGCACUGGAGAAAGCCAAGGGGAACACUACGCUCCAGGCCAGCUACACAUCCUCUGACAGCAGCUUGUACACCAACCCCAAGGGGAGCACAGUGUCCGCCUUUGAUGGUGGCUCUGACUCCAGCUCUGAAUCAGAGCCAGAGGAGCCGCCCAACAGAAAGAAGCUGCGUGUGGAGCCCAGCUAGACCCCAUCCACAGUGCUAUCACUAGAGACUCUCUUAUCUACCAGCCCACUCCUCCUGUCCAGUCUCUUUCCAGCCUUCUCAUGCCAGUCCAGGAGACAGAGGGAAGACUGUGUGAUAGAGCUGCUAUCAUAUAUACAAUGCUUCAACCUUUCUCUUCCCUCGCCAGCAUAUUGUCACUCCUCUCAUGGCACAGCAACAACUCUCAACACCCCCAAAGUGAGGCAGCUCUGCAGUUUGAAGGAGUUAAUGCGUUUAAAACCUAAUUCUAUUGAUUCAGAAUUGGAUAUGGAGGUGACCAGGUGUACAGCUUUAGUCUAGUUUACAACAAAUAGCCCAAUUUCUCUUUUUAUGUCACCUCAAUGAACCUGUUCAGAGUUUUGAGACUUAGGCAGACUUUUGAGAAAUUGUCCUAAGGAAUAGCUUACCUUGUUAAUAGUUGUACUUUUUCACAAAAUAAUUUGAAGUUGCUUUGGAAAAAAUAUGUAAUGCAACCCUCCUGAAUCAGUGUAGAUGGCUGAUGUUUUCCGUCUUUGAAAUAUUUGUGUAAUCAAAUCCCUAAAUUUAGAGUGAUCGUUAUAUUGAAAUGAAUUUCGUAUCCCAUAUUGUACAUUUUUGUCAUUUAGCUUGACCACUUGUCAAUGGAGAUAGAUAGAUGAACAAUGUUGGCCUCAUUUAAUAUAUUCUCAUCUCACAGGUUCAACACUUUGUUUUUAUUUUUGUUAUUCUCAAGGAAAUUGAGAUUUGAAGAAAAAAAGUUUCUUAAAAUCCAUACUGAGUGUUACACAAUGCAGUUAAAGGUAGUAACCUUUCAUUUUUAUGAAAGGAAAAUAAAUCCAUAUCAGUGUAGUGCAUAACACUAUACUCUUAAAUGUCAAUUCUACAAAGAAAAACUUAUUUGGAAAUAUUUGCCUAUACUGGGAAUGUUUUUCUUUUCUUUUUUUACAGAGAUAAUUAGUGUGUACAAAAUAGAUAUUUGAUUGAUUCCAUUCCAUGGAAAUUACAGAUAUGUUGUACAUACUGCCAACAAUUGUCUUGGAAGUUGAGGCAUACCUUUGCUAUGAGACUAUUAUAAAUAAAACUAUUUUAUCCUUUA